CCGGAGUCGGUGCGCAGGCGCAUUUGGGGGGGGACCGGAAUCGGUGCGCAGGCGCAUCCGGGGCCCGGUGGCUGCGGCGCGCAGGCGCAUUCGACGCUUUCGGCGCGGGCCGGGCCGGGCCGAAGCAAGCGCCGGGCGGGCAGCGGCGCCAGAGCGAGUGGAGCCUUCGGGGUCCCCGGGUGGCGGCGGCGGCGGUGCAGAGGAGGAAGGCGGCGGCUCUCCCCCUGCCGGCGCGCGACCCGGUCCGUCCCGCGAGCUUGCGCCGGUCCCGCGGCCCGGCCCGGCCCCGGGCCCCUCCGCCGCCGCCGCCGCCACCGUCAUGGCCAGGCAGCUGGUGCCCAGUUCGCAGAAGGCGCUGCUGCUGGAGCUGAAGGGGCUGCAGGAGGAGCCGGUGGAGGGCUUCCGGGUGACGCUGGUGGACGAGGGCGACCUGUACAACUGGGAGGUAGCCAUCUUCGGGCCCCCCAACACCUACUACGAGGGCGGCUACUUCAAGGCUCGCCUCAAGUUCCCCAUCGAUUACCCAUAUUCCCCACCAGCCUUCCGGUUCCUCACCAAGAUGUGGCACCCCAACAUUUAUGAGACGGGGGACGUGUGCAUCUCCAUCCUCCAUCCCCCAGUUGACGACCCUCAGAGUGGGGAGCUGCCCUCAGAGCGGUGGAACCCCACACAGAAUGUCAGGACCAUCCUCCUGAGUGUGAUCUCCCUGCUGAAUGAGCCCAACACCUUCUCACCCGCCAAUGUGGAUGCCUCGGUGAUGUACAGAAAGUGGAAGGAGAGCAAGGGAAAGGACCGGGAGUACACGGACAUCAUCCGGAAGCAGGUCUUAGGGACCAAGGUGGACGCAGAGCGUGAUGGCGUGAAGGUGCCUACCACACUGGCUGAGUACUGCGUGAAGACCAAGGCGCCGGCGCCCGACGAGGGCUCGGACCUCUUCUACGAUGACUACUAUGAGGACGGGGACGUGGAGGAGGCCGACAGCUGCUUUGGGGAUGAAGAGGACGACUCUGGCACCGAGGAGUCCUGACCCGCGUCCCCAAAAUAAACUUACAAAUUUUACCUCAGCA